UAUCCUAACUCUGGCAUGGUUUCUUCAGGCCACCAGGACAGUCCAGAGGUCAGCAGGAAGUUGGAGCUGGAAGCUGCAGUGGCACGCCUGCGCACAGAGAUCCAAGAGCUAGACCAGAACCUGGAGCUGAUGGAGCGAGAGGCUGAGGCUCAGGACCUGGCUGUGGAGCAGAUGCUGCAGAGCACACGGGACACCCAGUAUCGAGCUCUCCUCCUCCGGGCCCAAACUGGAAACCUGCGAAGACAGCAGCACGGACUGCGAAUCCCCACGCAGCAGCUGCAGAAUCAGCUCAGGCGCCUACAGGACAUAGAGAGGUGGGCCUCAUCUGCCCAAGAGACCAGCUUUCACCAGGUGGCCACACAUUUACCUCUGAGAUCCCAGUGUUCUUACCUGAUCCUUUACUGGGUUCCAGAAUUCUGCACAACCAACCCUAGGAUUUAAGGCCCAUAAGCCCAGUUAGUUUUGCACCAUCUCUUGGGUAACAACAAUAGACAUAGGACAGGCCCCUGUUUAUGCUCCUGGACCUUAUGCUCUGAUGCAGAGAAGGCAGACUGCAAACUAGGAAACAGAUCCUGUCAUUUUGGGGAGAAAUAAGUUCAAUGAAGAAAAGACUGUGUGACCAAGGGAAAGGUGUUUGCUACCUGAGCUAGGAUGCUCAGGACAAGCCUCUCUGAGGAGGUAACCUGGGUUGGGGCACAAAUAUUCAUGGAGAGGGAACAGCCAGGCUCCAAUCUUGGCCUUCAGGAAGAGCUGCCAAGAGGCAAAUACAGCUCAGUAUUUGAAGACAGGAGGGACAAGAUGAAGAGGUGAGGUAGGAGAAGCAGUCAGAUGGCCCUGGAGGCAUAGGAGUUUUACUGGUA